GCGCCUCAGCCAAUCCGAGCGCAGCGGGGCGGGGCCACAGAGCGCAGCAGCGAGCCCAGCCGCCUCAACGCGUAUUGUGUGACUCUUUAAAAAGCGAUUCUCCGCAGCUGCCUCCGCGCGUUCCUCGUGUUUGGAAGCACAGCGAGCUGAACGAGAGGUGAACCUCCUCAUCGUCAACAUGACCGACAGGAAGGCGGUGAUCAAGAACGCGGACAUGUCCGAGGACAUGCAGCAGGACGCGGUGGACUGUGCCACGCAGGCCAUGGAGAAGUACAACAUCGAGAAGGACAUCGCCGCCUACAUCAAGAAGGAGUUUGACAAGAAGUACAACCCCACCUGGCACUGCAUCGUGGGGCGGAACUUCGGGAGCUACGUCACCCACGAGACCAAGCACUUCAUCUACUUCUACCUGGGCCAAGUGGCCAUCCUGCUCUUCAAGUCUGGCUGAGCCGGUGGAGCGACCUUCGACCCCCCCAAACGCCGCGGUGGCCAACGUCUCCCCUUCACUAAUCACCAUAACAACGCCGAAGUGGCGGGGUUGGCGCAGUUGCAUGGACUCGACCCUGUUUCAUAUGUCUGUGACCGUGAGUUUACGUUCGAACGCAGCUGAAGUAGUUUGUGUUCAUGCCGUUCACUUUUAGGUUGCUCGGCGAUCCGGCGUGGCCCCGGAUCGCCGAGCUUUAGGAGAGCGCUUCCCUCCAUCAGUGGUGUUGUGGUUUGGUCGGACGAUAGGACUGCAUGCACCAGCUCCCCCCCUCUCCCCCUCCGCUUCUGUUCCGUCUCCAGUCAGCUGCGUUCACUCGUGGGGUUUGUUUCCUGUGUGAAAAUAAAAGACUGCAGCUCUGUCACCGGCUAACUUUCACUGUGAAGGAGUCACGUGUCCGCUCACGCUGCAGACGGAUCACACUCAUCUGCCACCUAGAUGUCUUAGCCACUUCCUGCAUGUCUGGAGGAUCAUGUUCUCGGUUCUUGCAUCAAAGACGUCCGCCUCUGCUUUAGUUACCUGUGAAGAUUGUGGAUAUCGGACGGAGCCUUGUGCGUGUUCUGGAAGGCGAUGUACAGUAUAAACACUUGACUAUGAUUGUGUGGCUCGGAGCGUUUCCCCAUGUUUUUUCUGUUGGAGCGAGCCACUUCUUUUCAUUUGUUCCUGUCGGUUAGGAGCGAGUUCCCACUGAAGGAAGAGCGUCCUGUCACGUUUGUUGCUCGCUCAACUGUUUGCUUGGACUGACUUGGUUCCAUCACAUGGUUUUCCUCUGGCAUGUAUCUUCUGGCGUGUGCGUGUGUGUAUGUACGUAGGAGCCGUUCGACGCCGUUUGAAUUUGCACAAAACAUGUGCCUGUCUCUGCUCUCAACUGUACCUGGCUUAACUAUUGCACUUCAUUCGACUGAUCCAGUAGGUUGCUACAGAACCAAAACACAAGGAAUAAAUAUUAGUUGUGACUUAUUACGCCGGUGUCGU